UACUUUAUGAUCAAUUGCGUUUUCUUAUUUAAUCUAAUCACUUAGUUAUAUUAUAUUAUUUUAUUUUUUUAUUUUGUUUAUCCUCAUUUAGAAUUUAAUUUAAAUUUGAUAAUAGAUCAUAAUCUCCCUCAUCCCCAACCCCUCCCUAAACCCGGUAAAUGCAGGGUGACUGAAAAAUACGGGAGGCAUUUGAUUAAAAUAACUAAGUUAAGUCGUCUCGAUAUUGUAGUUUUCUAUUAUUUUGUAACCGGGACGUAACAUAUCCAAGCCGGUAUCGUACUGUAGAAUUACGAUUUUUCCGAAUAUAGAUGUUACGUAAUGUCGUUGGCUUUUACCGAUCGUGGAGAGCGUUGCGCUGUUCUUUAUCUUGGAAGAAGAUUUUGGCUCUUUUGGAUUUGAGCGGCAUAUUUUCGCGAUAUGGCCUUUCUUCAAAUACUUGUGACACUCUGCGUCGCGGAAAACAUACUUUGUUCACGAGUGAGCACCACUACAACCGUGCUCACCCUAGCCGGACCACCCCAUGAUCGCUACGGCUCGCCUGUGACAUCUAGCGAUAACGGUUAAUGAUACCCAACACUUAUGUUUACUCAAAAUUCAAAACUUGUAAAUUUAUCAUAUUAAUAUACUUUAUAUCUCAUUAAUAAUAUACAGGGAAGGGAAGUAACGCGUUACUUGUAACGCCGUUACCGUUAUAGUUACUUUUUUUUGGUAACGGAUUGGUAACGGCGUUACACUUUUUUUUCUGUAACUGUAACGAUAACGUAGUUACAUUUUUUUAGUAACGAUAACGAAUUUACAGUUACUUUUAGCGUUACUUUUUCGCUGAUCGAUGCAUUAGCAAAUCGGCAUGAUACCGUGCUCGUUGUAAGACUCGCCGCACUAGGUUCGCCAUUUGGCACGCCCGUUGCGCAUGUGCACCUGCCCUGUCCUCUGUACAGAAGGCUGCGCAGGAAGUAACUAAGAACUAACUUAACCUUAAGCUAUACCGCGUGGCAAUCGUUCAUGUGCCGGUAUCGAAGAAGUAACGUCGCAAUAAUAGCGUGUCGCGUUCGCAGUCCUGCUUUUAUUACAGAGUUCGUAAUAUUUAUCAUCGUACCAAUCAAUGUGUUCACGAUUUGUGCAAGUGUUCCCGUACACAUACCUUUUCUCUGCUUCCUUGACAGUGCAUAUUCCCGCAUUACUGUAUCACGCGGUCGUUCUCCGCCGUACUCUCGUGCGGUCUGUCUCGGCUUUUACAGCGGUUCUAUAUCUUUGUGCUAUUAUACGGCCGUUAUCUCCUCGCGUACACGGUCUGUCUGUCUACGCUACGUUCGUUUUUGAUUUCGCGGUUUGCACUUUGCACUGACUACGUCGCAAGUGAUAUUUUAUAUCUCUCACAGUCGAUCGGAUCUGCUCAGAAAUGGAAACGAUAGCCGAAGAGGCGAAUACGCCAAGUACAUCAUCUAAAUCCUUGAAUAAGGCACCAUGGCCGGCAUACAAAGAAAUUUUUGUAUUCGAACCUGAACUUAGUAAUGAGAAGAAUUAUGCAUUUACUUGCAAAUUAUGUUUAGGCAAAAAAAUUAUACAUGCUAGCAAAAGCUCCACAGCCAAUUUAAAGAAGCACAUAAGCAUUCUAAGGAAUGUACACAAUUGCACCGUAUAUUCUAGUUCAUUGAAUCAAAUCUCCAAUGUAAAAAUAGUAAAACAUCCACAUUCUUUAAAAGAUUUGGAAAAAGCUAAAUCUAAACUCACACAUAAUAAACGUCAAUAUGAAGAAGACAUUAAUAAUGUUACAAAAAAGCAGUGUGUGUUACAAAAAUGGAGUUCUGGAACAGCUGGAAUAACUCAAAAUAAGUUAGACACUGCCAUACUACGAUUUAUUGUUGAAAAUGUCCAACCACUCGCGGUUGUUGAGAGUCCUGCAUUUAUUGAUUUGAUUAAAAUUGGAUUGCCUUCAUCAAUUCGAAUAAUGUGUAAAAAAACAUUAAGAGAUAAACUUAAUAAAUUAUAUCUGGAUAUGAAAAUCGCUCUUGAAAAACAAUUUACUGAAAUCGAUACGGUUUCAACUACAGCAGAUUUAUGGAGCAAAGCGAAAAGAAGUUACUUAGGAGUAACGGUCCAUUGGAUUAAUCCAGAAAAUUUAACAAGAGAGUCUGCCGCCUUAGCUUGUCGUAGAAUUAAAGGGAAACAUACUUUUGAUGUUUUAGCAAAAGCCAUUAACUCUAUAUUUGUUGAAUAUCAUAUUCAAAAUAAAAUUUGUUGCACAACAACAGAUAAUGGUUCAAAUUUUGUUAAAGCAUUUCGAGACUUUGAAAAAGAAGAAGAUAAGGAGAUUAACACGGAAUUUCACAAUUUAAGUGAUCUAUUGAUUACGAAUGAAGAAAGUUUAGACACGGAAGAUAUUACUCUUCCACCACACCAUAGGUGUGUUAGUCACACGCUUAAUCUUAUUGCAGCCAAAGAUUCUGAAAGAGCCUUGGAGAAUGAUCCCACAUAUAAAAAAAAAUGGAAUUCAACUUUUGAUUCCACAUAUCAACUUGUAACUCUUUUGAAAGAUAGCUCAGAUAAAAUUAAUCACUGUUUGGACUAUUGUAAUUUACAAAGGCUGACAAAUAAUGACGUAAAAUUUUUAGACGAGUAUUGUCAGGUAAUGGAGCCUUUAGCUAGAGCAUUAGAUAUCUUACAAAGUGACGUAGGAAUGUAUAUGGGAUACUUAUUGCCCGUAUUGAGCAGCUUACAAGAAAAAUUAAAAAACAUCAAAAAUUUGACGGAUUGUCAAUCAUUAGUUAUCGCAAUUCAAGAAGGCUUAAAUCGAAGAUUUUGUACAAUAUUUGAAAAAAAGGAAUUAAUAAUAGCAAGUUCAUUACAUCCUAAAUUUAAACUAAACUGGUUAAAUGGAGAUAAGAAGAAAUUAGCUAGAGCCUAUUUAGAAGAUUUGUUAGACAUUCGCUCAAAUGAAAGUUCAUCAAACUCAAGCAAAGAUAAUGAUUAUGACGAUUUUUUUAAUUUUCAUGGACAAUCAACAUCAACUUCAGAAUCUGGCGAAGAAGAACUAACACGAUUUCUGAAAUCGAAAAGAUCUGACGUUGCAUUAUUACUAGAUUUUCCAAAAUUAAAAAAGUUAUUCAUUAAAUUUAAUACGGCUUUGCCAAGCAGUGCUUCGGUUGAAAGAUUGUUUAGUAUCGGUAAUUCUGUACUAUCACCUUCUAGAGAUAAAUAUAAGAGAUAUACAAGAUAUAAAACAAGAUAA